GGUCGGGGCGUCAGCUAAACUACACAGAUGGGGAGCGUAAGAAUACCACCACCGUCUUCUUCAUCGACACAUCUUAUCCACAACCUUCUCCGACAUCCCGAACCACCGUCUUCCUUCGGUGUCUUCAUCAGACCCUUUCGCUUCUCCGCUAUAACAUGUCAAUCCAGCCGCGGUAACAAGCCUCGCUUUCAAUCAAUCUCUUCAAAGCUUCCGCUUCCUUUCCACUCUACUUCUUCUUCUUCUUCACUCGUAGCGAAAUCCUUCUCUGCCAUCGAUGAGCCGGACCUCCUCGGAGAAGAAGAUGAGAGCGAGGAAGACGAUUACAACGAAGAAAAAGACGAAGAAGAAGAGCUGGACAGUGGAAUGGUAUCCGCGAGAGGAAGUGAGGAGGACUACGAGGAAGGUUUAGGAGAGAAGGAGGAGGAGGAUAAGAUAGAGAAGAUGAAGAAGAAGACUCGGGGCUCGGGUUUGAAGUUGACUAUUAAGGAGAAGAAGGAACUUGCUUCAUACGCCCAUAGUCUUGGUGACAAAUUGAAAUGUCAACUCGUCGGCAAAUCUGGCGUUACUGAUUCAGUCGUUUUCUCAUUCCUCGAGACUCUCGAGAAGAACGAGCUCUUAAAGGUGAAGAUACGCAAGACGUCUCCACAGGAGAUGGAGGACGCUGUUAUGCAUUUGGAGGAAGCCACUGGUUCUGUUGCUGUUGGCCAAAUUGGGAGGACUGUGAUAUUGUACCGGCCUAGUCCCACCAAAAUGAAGGCAGAGGAGAAGAAGAAAGAAGUUGAGAGAUUGUUGAUUAGAAGGAGACAGAAGUUCUCAAACUCGCGACCCACUAGACCUUUUAGGAGAGAGUAUUCAGAGAGACCUGAUGGACGUGGACGCAGAGGAGGAAGUAGAAUUGCAACGCCUUGAUUUAUUGUUAUUAUUAAUUUGCGCGGUUUGUUUUUUUAUUAUCACAUCACCUAAGAAGACCAGUUCUUUGCUUUUUAUAUGCAUUUUCUUCAAAAAAAUACAAUCUCGUCGAUCUGUACACCAAACCCUCCAUUGCUGGGAAGCUGUAACCAUUUGUGGCCAUGAAAUGACGGGAAGAGUUAAAGACAAUCUUAACUCUUAACUAUUAUUCUAAUGAGAUCAAUAAUGCAUUCUUCCAUUUCUAUCU